CGUCCAUUGGAAGCUAAGCUCAUCUUGCUAUAAAAUGCCCUUAAACCCUUCCCUCUCUUUCGCAGCAUUUCAAAAAUCCUUUUUUUUAGAGCGAGAGAGAGAGAGAAGAGAGAGGAGAUGGUGGAGGCAAGAGAAGACGAGGGAUGGGAGACGCCAAAGAAAAUGAGUUGUAGGAUUCCGUCGGAGAUUCCAUGCCCACCGCCCCCGAGGAAGAGGUCGUCACCAGCGACGGGGAAGGGGCGAGAUCCUCCCAAAGGAGGAUACUUCCAACCGCCGGAUCUGGAGGCUCUGUUCGCCUUGACGCCGAGAAGUGAAGCUUGUGCUUGAUUUGCUGUUUCUGGAUGAGUGUACAUAUAAUUUUGUUUGAAGUUUUUUUGUGCUUCUCUGUUCUUUAGGCGUGUGAUAUAUAAUGGAAUGAUUUUCCGAGUUUGUUAUGUUACGUGUGAAAUGGCUAAUGGUGUAUAAUAUUUGAUCAUUUAUUUCCGUAAUUACUGU